AUGAUUUUUUCAACUCAGAAUCAUCAUGUCGCCAUCAUUGGUACCGGCGCCAUAGGCCGCCGUAUCGGCUUAGUUUGGGCCUCAAGAUCGGGUUCUGUCAAGUUGUAUGACCCCGACACAAGUCAGGCCGGAGAUGCAUUAGAAUGGAUCCAGAGAUCCGUUUCAAAUGUGUCGAAACGGUCCAAAGAUGUUCCCGGAUUGGUGGAGAUCAGUGCCAACCUUGAAGACGCGGUCCAUAAUGCCUGGAUGAUAAUCGAAUGCACACCAGAAGACCAAAAGCUGAAGACGCGCAUAAUGGGUGAUAUUUCCCGCUUGUCUGAUCCACAAAGUAUCAUUGCAACCAACUCAUCGUCCUUCAAGAGCAGUAUCUUGGUAUCUGAUGUCAGCGUGGAGGAUCAGCAACGCGUGUUGAACACCCAUUAUUUUCUUCCUCCGGAGGUCCCAAUCGUUGAAUUUAUGACGUGUGGUCAGACCGAUCCGAACAUCAUUAAAGACCUGAUUCCAAGGUUCCGUGAGGUUGGGCUUGAUCCUAUCAUUCUCAAGGCAGAAUCAACUGGCUUUCUAGGCAACCGAAUUUGGGCCGCCAUCAAACGAGAGAUCAUGAUGAUACUCGCGGAGGAUAUCGGCAGCCCUGCCGAUAUUGAGAAAAUAUUCAAACACAACUUCCAGGCCCGACUUGGGCCUUGUGAGGGAAUGGAUAUAGUCGGAUUGAACGUUGUGUGCGAUAUUGAAGAGCACUAUAUUCAAGAACGCAAUCUUCCUCGUGAUGGCGUCGACUUCAUCAAGCAAAACUACAUAGACAAAGGAUAUCUGGGAAAAGCGACUACUCGCGGUCUCUUGGAAUAUUCUACGCCAAGUAGUCUGGAUGUACCAUUUCCAAAACGUCUCAAAGAGCAGCUGAUCGGAGCCUGGGAGUUGAUUGAAUACGUCUCAGAAUCCAAAUCCGAUCCGACUCAGAAGCAUUAUCCCAUGGGGAACGACGUACAGGGCAUGCUUAUUUAUUCCUCGAAUGGAUUCAUGUCUGUCCAUCUGCAACUUCUGGGCCAGACACCAUUCCAGUCUGAUAGUCCACUCACCGGAAAUGAACAGGAAUCGAUUGAAGCUGCUAGAAGAUGCCUAGCCUAUAGCGGAUCAUAUAUUUUUAUUGAAGAAGAGGGCCGAAGUCCAUCAAUUCAACAUGAUAUCGUCAACUGCAGCUUUCCUAAUUGGCAGGGAACCACGCAGCGUCGUUUUGCAAGCAUCGAUAGCAGCGAUAAUAAAACUGUACUGACAUUGACACCGGAUGAAGCGGAAGGACAGAUACCAAAGGAACAAUCGGGUGAUGGAAGGGUCUGUUUACGAUGGAGAAAGCUUUCGGAUAAUUAG